AUGGCUGCUACUUGUGCUAGGCUUGGAGGUGCUCAGUCCACUGGUGAUUUCACUGCCAUGGAGAAGGCUGGGGCUCACUUGAAGGGAGGAGCCAAGAGGGUCAUCAUCUCUGCCCCUUCUGUAGAUGCCCCCAUAUUUGUGAUGAGUGUGAACCAUGACAAGUAUGACAACUCCAUGAAAAUUGUCAGCAAUGCCUCCUGUACCACUAAGUGCUGGCAAUGCCCCCCCCCACUCCCCGCCCUGGCCAAGGUCAUCCAUGACAAUUUUGGCAUCAUGGAGGGACUCAUGACCGAGGUCCAUGCCAUCAUUGCCACCCAGAAGACCAUGGAUCACCCCUCUGGGAAGCUGUGGCAGGAUGGCCGAGGGGCAGCGCAGAACACUAGCUCUGCUUCUACUGGCACUGCCAAGGCUGUGGGCAAGGUCAUCCCUGAGCUGAAUGGGAAGCUCACUGGCAUGGCUUUUGGUGUCCCCACCCCCAGUGUGUGGGUUUUGGAUCUGAUCUGCCUCCUGAAGAAAGCUGCCAAAUACGAUGAUAUCAAGAAGGCAGUAGUAAGGCAGGCAUCAGAGGGCCUCCUCAAGGGCAUCCUGGGCUAUACUGAGGAACAGGUUGUCUCCUGUGAUUUUAACAGUGACACCUACUCCUCUACCUUUGAUGCUGGGGCUGGCAUUGACUUCAAUGACCAGUUUGUGAAACUCAUUUCCUGA